AUGGCAAAGCAACGUGAUUUAGUGACUGUACUAAAUAUGGCAAAGCAACUGAUAUGUGAACGAGGGCCCUUUGGCGAGCGUGAGGCAUCUCAACCGCCCGAUGACGAUACUGAACCUGAAAGGCAGGAAUCAGCCCAGUCUCCGUGCUCCGUGGUGCUAAGAAGGUCGUCUGAGUCAACUGAAGUAACAAUGGCUGUGGGUCCUUCAUUUAUCCUUGCUUUAGGGCUGGUGCUGGGUGCCUCUGCACAGUACGAAAGCCACGGCAGAAUCCCAGAGCCGCGGGUUGCUCGCCCCGUGACGGAGACCGUGACGAGGACGGACACGGUGACGCACACGUUCCGCGUGACGACGACGAGCGACAUCUGGGUGACCGAGAGCACCUUCGUGGAGCUCCCCGUGACGGUGUACACGACGGAGCGCGACUUCGUGCCCGAGGUGGCCAGGACGGUGACCUCGGUGCUCAGGGUCACCACCACACCGGUCGCCAUCAAGACCGCCGAGGAGUUCGUGAAUCCCUCCCGCACCUUCGUCUCCGUCUUCACCAGCUUCGUGACCACCACCGAGACCGUUAAAUUCUGGCAGAGCAUCUACCACGUCUCUACCGACUACCAGGUAACAACUCUGCCCGUUUGGACUACACAAGAACUUGUCCAGCACGUAAUCACCACCACGACCCAUUACGUCACCAACUUUGUUACUUCUACCCAGUUUUACGGCCAUUAAAUUAUUCAUGAUUUAAAAUAAACUUUGCUUGUGAA